AUGCAAUUUAUUAAAUAUUAUUAUCGUAAAAAAGAAAAACUGAAAUUUUAUGAUCUUAAUGAAAAAUUACAAGAUAUUCAAACAAAAUUUGAAGAUAUAUACUUUCAAACUUACUAUCCUUUAUUAACUGUUGCAUAUUUGCCAAAUAAUGAGAUUAUCAUCGAUACUAAAAAUGAUACAUUUGAGAACCAUGUUAAUGAUUUUUUUGAAUAUGCAAAAUGUAAUAAAGACCAGUUCCCUACUUUAUUUGCAAUGGCUCGAGAUUUUCUUUUUAUACCUGCUACUAGCAUUGUUUCUGAACAAGCAUUUAGUUGUGCAGGUCAUAUUAUCGAUAAGAGUCAUACUUUGUUAGAUUCAGACAUAGUAACUGCAUUAAUAUGUCAAAGAAAUUGGCUAGAAGUGUCUGAAAAAUUCAGUUGGGAUUUAUAA